UUACCCCUUACAUUUCUGUAGACAAGUCUUGUGUGUACUCCUAGCCAUGGCUCAGCCCCAGACACGCUUCUUCACUGACAACAAGAAAUAUGCGGUAGAUGAUGUUCCCUUCUCAAUUCCUGCAGCCUCUGAAAUUGCUGACCUUAGUAACAUCAUCAAUAAAUUGCUGGAGGCCAAAAAUGAGUUCCACAAACAUGUGGAGUUCGAUUUCCUUAUUAAGGGUCAGUUUCUGCUAAUGCCCUUGUUCAAACACAUGGAACUGGAAAACAUCUCAUCAGAAGAGGUUGUGGAAUUGGAAUAUGUGGAGAAGUACACUGCCCCUCAGCCAGAGCAAUACAUGUUCCAUGAUGACUGUAUCAGUUCUGUCCGAGGGGCAGAGGAAUGGAUCUUGACUGGUUCUUAUGAUAAGACUUCUCGGAUAUGGUCCUUGGAAGGAAAGUCAAUAAUGACAAUUGUGGGACAUACAGACGUUGUAAAAGAUGUGGCCUGGAUGAAAAAAGAUAGUUUGUCUUGCCUACUACUGAGUGCUUCUAUGGAUCAGACGAUUUUCUUAUGGGCAUGGAAUGUAGAGAGAAACAAAGUGAAAGCCCUGCACUGCUGCAGAGGCCAUGCUGGAAGUGUGGAUUCUAUAGCUGUUGAUAGCACGGGAACUAAAUUUUGCAGUGGCUCCUGGGAUAAGAUGCCAAAGAUCUGGUCUACAGUUCCUUCAGAUGAAGAAGAUGAAAUGGAGGAAUCCGCAAAUUGACCAAGAAAGAAACAGAAAACAGAGCAGUUGGGACUAACAAGGACUCUCAUAGUGACCCUCUCUGGCCACAAGGAAGCAAUUUCUUCGGUUCUAUGGUCAGAUGCUGAAGAAAUCUGCAGUGCAUCUCGGGACCACACAAUUAGGGUGUGGGAUGUAGAGUCUGGCAGUUUUAAGUCAACUUUGGCAGGAAAUAAGAUGUUUAAUUGUAUCUCCUAUUCUCCACUUUGUAAACUGUUAGCAUCUGGAAACACAGAUAGACAUAUCAGACUGUGGAAUCCCCAAACUAAAGAUGGUUCUUUGGUGUCGCUGUCCCUAACCUCACAUACAGGCUGGGUCACAUCAUUAAAGUGGUCUCCUACCCAUAAGCAACAGCUGAUUUCAGGUUCUUUAGAUAAUAUCAUCAAACUGUGGGAAACAAGAAGUUGUAAAGAUCCUCUCUAUGAUCUGGCUGCUCAUGAAGACAAAGUUCUGAGUGUGGACUGGACAGACACAGGGUUACUUCUGAGUGGAGGAGCAGAAAAAUUGUAUUCCUACAGAUAUUCACCUACUACUUCUCAUGUGGGGGCAUGA